UUGAUUUUGUUUAGAAAGUUUUAUAUUGUCAAACACGCUACCAAAAUGAUAAGUUUAUUGGUGUUUUGCUCCCUAGUAGUUUUAAAUAUUGCAUUUCCUCACGAAAAUAGAUGUGAUAGUGGAGAAAAAUAUUGGUGUAAAAGUUAUGAAACUGCUUUAGAGUGUGGAGUUUUAGCCUUUUGUCAAAAUAAAAAUCCAGAUUUUCGAGCAAAAAAAAUUACUUUUAGUCCUUUAGGACAAUUGGAAAAUCCAACCAAAAAGUUAGUUUCCGUUGAAAAUGUUGCACCUCCAGUAAAAAUUGAACUUUAUUACGAAAGUUUAUGCCCAGGCUGCAGAGCAUUUAUCUUAGGUCAACUUUUUCCAGUUUUUCAAAAGUUGUUUUCUACAGGGAUAAUUGAUAUUGGACUUUAUCCAUAUGGUAAUGCAGUUGAAAGUCAAGAAGGAGAUAAAUGGGUAUUUCAAUGUCAACACGGUGAAGCAGAAUGUCAAAACAAUCUUAUAGAAGCUUGUGUUCUUCACAUGCUAAGUCAUCCUUCUCAGUUUAUGCCCUUUAUUUACUGCUUAGAACAAAAUCCAAGUUUAAGCAAUGCUAUGACAUGUGCUUCAAAGCUUAAAAUUGAGUGGGCUCCGAUAUCGAAUUGCUAUAAUGGAACACAAGGAAAUCAUCUCAUGCAUGAAUUAGCUCUAGAAACAAAUGCUUUGAAUCCGCCACAUCAAUUUGUUCCAUGGAUUGUUGCAAAUGGACAACACACUGAAGAAAUUCAAAGUAGUGCACAGUCAGAUUUGUUGCAGUUUGUUUGCCAAACUUACACUGGUGUAAAACCUGAUGUUUGUCAAUCAACAUCACAAAAACGUUGUUAUAAAAAUUAGACCAAAUCAAAUACUCAUUCACUUUCUAAUUUUUAAGAAUAUAUAUAUAUAUAUGCUUACAAUUUGAUUUUGUACUAUUUAUUUUGUGUUAAUUGAAUACUGUUAAAUAAUUUUUUCGCCUAAUAUAAUAUAUUUUAUUGAACUUUUUAUUGAUUUUGUUCUUGAUCAAAAAAGUUUUAUUCUAUAGUGAAUUGGCAUUACCUAAGCUGUUAUUUUUAUUGUUAUUUACAUGCUGUUGUUUUUUAUAAGUGGCUGCUUGUGUGUGUGUGUGUGUGUGUGUGUGUGUGUGUGUGUGUGUGUGUGUGUGUGUGUGUGUGUGUGUGCAUUUUAAAUUAAUUUUCAUUAAGAAAACCUUAUCGAAAUAAAAGAUUUUUGAUUAACUUUUUUUGAUAUGCUUUUGAUGGCUAAUUUGUGGCUAAAUGUUUUAGCCAUGGCCUUGACUUUUCUGCCUUUUAACAUGUCUUUAAAAUUUUAAGUAUGGACGUUUUUAACAAAACAUUUUGCAAAUGAACUUGCAUAUUUUUUUAUUAAAACAAAAAUUAAACCCUUUAAUAGUUAAAUGGUUAAUUAUUCAUUGUCCUCCUCGGUCUUAUUUUCUUCUUUGAAAUUUGAAUUUUAUGAAGAUUUAUUAUAUGUAGCAAACAAAGACUUGGUCUUUUGUCAAUAAAAGAUAACUUGUCAAUUA